AUGUCCAAGUACGCGAUAUAUUUGUGCACUUUAGUGGUGUUUGCAAGCGGCAAGCAAGUUCCCCGCGGCGAUCCAUUCCGCGACGGGAAUCGCGAGGGACGUUGGUUUGGAUAUCGCUACACGAGCACCGAGAUUGUCCCGCAGAUGGUCACGUCCCUAAUUCCAUCCUCCUGCGUUCAAGUUGAACCCAGUCUCCCGCCAUGCCGAAAUGUACGAAACCUGGAAGAGUUUCCAAGAUUCCUCGGCGGAUAUGCUAAGGAGGAAAUAAAUCACGAAGUAAUCCCAUCGAUCCAUACCACCCCAUUGGGUUGGGGCGAGUAUUUCGGUAUCUACGCGCCGACCGUGACGGUGACGGCGAUGCAGAUGCGUACAACAACCGUGCUGGACCCGCGCACCGUGGUCACGUUCUCAGUGAAGGGAUGUAAACCCUCACGUCUGCCGAUGGACCUCAGCCUCUGCCCGUCGCAGACACCGCCGCUGCUGGACAUAAAGCCGACGUCGGUCGUGACGGCCACGGUUGUGCCCACAACCACCAUGAGCUCAUUCCCGAAACCCACCAACUUGGAGAGCGCCGAAAGCGAUGCGGCGCAAGAAGUUCACAACAAUCUCGAGGUGCCCGCCGGCCGAAUUCAGACCCAACCAUUACCACUUUAAAUCCACACACAUUGUAUACUCACCUAUCUCUAGAUUUUAUACAACCGAAUAU